AGUUCGUUACUUGCCGAUUACAAGCGGAAGUCGACAUACUCUCUGCCUUGAGUGUCUUCUCCCUCUCGCGCGUUGACAACAUGAAGCAAAAACGGAAAGGAGAUCUCAGCCCAGCUGAGCUGAUGAUAUUAACCAUUGGUGAUGUUAUAAAACAACUAAUUGAAGCUCAUGAGCAGGGAAAAGAUAUCGAUCUAAAUAAAGUGAAAACCAGAACAGCUGCCAAAUAUGGCCUUUCAGCCCAGCCUCGUCUGGUGGAUAUCAUUGCUGCAGUCCCACCUCAGUAUCGUAAAAUCUUGGUGCCCAAGUUAAAAGCAAAACCAAUCAGAACUGCCAGUGGGAUUGCUGUUGUGGCUGUAAUGUGCAAACCCCACAGAUGUCCACAUAUUAAUUUUACAGGAAAUAUAUGUGUUUACUGCCCUGGUGGACCUGACUCAGAUUUUGAGUAUUCAACUCAGUCUUAUACUGGAUAUGAGCCAACCUCUAUGCGAGCUAUCCGUGCCAGGUAUGACCCUUUUCUCCAGACAAGGCACCGAAUAGAUCAGUUGAAACAACUAGGUCACAGUGUGGAUAAGGUAGAAUUCAUUGUGAUGGGUGGAACAUUUAUGGCCCUCUCAGAAGAGUACAGAGAUUAUUUUAUCCGAAAUUUACACGAUGCUUUAUCUGGACAUACUUCCAAUAGUGUAUCAGAAGCAGUCAGGUACUCUGAAAGAAGCCUCACAAAAUGCAUUGGAAUCACCAUUGAAACACGACCAGAUUAUUGCCUAAAGAGGCAUUUAAGUGAUAUGUUAUCUUAUGGCUGUACAAGACUGGAGAUCGGAGUACAAAGUGUUUACGAAGAUGUAGCCAGAGAUACCAACAGGGGCCACACGGUAAAGGCAGUGUGUGAAUCAUUUCAUCUGGCUAAGGAUGCAGGUUUCAAAGUUGUGGCACAUAUGAUGCCAGAUUUGCCAAAUGUAGGACUAGAAAGAGACAUUGAACAGUUUACAGAGUUUUUUGAGAACCCUGCCUUCCGCCCUGAUGGUAUGAAGCUCUACCCUACCCUGGUAAUACGUGGAACUGGUCUUUAUGAACUUUGGAAAUCUGGAAGAUAUAAAAGUUAUUCUCCUAGUUGCCUUGUAGAAUUAGUAGCUCGAAUAUUGGCUCUUGUACCACCCUGGACACGAGUGUAUCGAGUGCAGAGAGAUAUCCCAAUGCCUUUAGUCAGCUCAGGGGUGGAGCAUGGGAAUUUGAGAGAGCUGGCAUUUGCAAGAAUGAAAGACCUUGGGAUACAGUGUCGUGAUGUGAGAACCAGAGAGGUUGGAAUCCAGGAAAUUCAUCACAAAGUGAGGCCAUACCAGGUUGAAUUAGUUAGGAGAGAUUAUGUAGCAAAUGGUGGCUGGGAGACCUUUCUAUCAUAUGAGGACCCUGAGCAGGACAUUCUGAUUGGCCUUCUACGUUUGCGGAAGUGCUCAGAGGAAUCGUUUCGACCUGAGUUGAAAGGAGGUGUUUCUAUAGUCCGAGAACUACAUGUAUAUGGGAGUGUGGUUCCUGUGAGCAGUCGUGACCCUACAAAAUUUCAGCAUCAGGGAUUUGGUAUGUUACUCAUGGAAGAAGCAGAAAGGAUAGCUAAACAAGAACAUGGAGCUCAGAAAAUUGCUGUCAUUUCAGGAGUUGGUACCAGGAAUUACUACAGGAAGAUCGGCUAUGUAUUAGAAGGACCAUACAUGGUAAAGCAGCUGAACUAACUAACAUCUAUCUUUAUCCAAGAUACUUUGUGGCAAGAAGUAGAAACUUAAUUUAUAGUCAUGAGGGAGAAGGAAGGCCGGGGAUACCCAAAGCUAAUGAAACCAACAGGAAUCUUGCCCUCAUUCUACAAGAAAAAAAUUGGCAUUAAAGGUCCAUCUUGUAAGCACCAACUCUUGGGAACUUUUUGGAUCAUCUAUUUAGACUCAGCCUGCUGACACAGAGCACCUGAACAGAGCAGAUGCCUUAACCUUUAUGGCCAUAUUGCUUCUUUCGCAAGUUAUCAAUGGAACUAUUUCUAUUUAAUGAUAAAUCUUCCAUUUUCAGCAGAGAAUGAGGAUUGUUUUUCUUCUAAAUCUACUAUUACAUUUGCCUGUCAUUUCAGAGAUUUCACUGUUCAUAUGUAUUUUCUUGUGAGUUAUAUUGGCACUUUGUUUUAGGCCUUGUGAUCUAGACCAGUGGUCUCCAAAGUUUUUUUAUCUUAUAUCCCUACCAGGAAAGAAAAAUUUUUUCGUAUAUACUCCUACUUUUGUUGCUGUUCAGUCAUUCUCAGUUCUAUCUGAAUUUAUGCAAUGCCAUUUGAGGUUUUCUUGGCAAAGGUACUCUGGAGUUGUAUGCAUUGCCUUCUCUAGUUCAUUGUACAAUUGAGGAAACUGAGGCAAAUAGGGUUAAGUGACUUACCCAAGGUCAUCCAGCUAGUAAGUAUCUGAUACUGGAUUUGAACUAAAUUCUCCCUGACUCCAGGCCUAGCACCCUAUCCACUAUACCAUCUAGUUGCCCCAAUAUUCAUACAUUAUAUUUAUUUACUUAUAAAUUAUAUACCUACAACAUCCAAAAAUAUAUAUAUUUUUUGAAAGAUCAAGAUCCAUGGAUCAGCCAAACUGGCCUCUCUAUUCCAAUUUCUGCCUCUGUGCCAUUGGCCAUCCCUUGUCUGGGAUACAUUUUCAUUCUACUCAUGUCAUAGAAUCCUUUCCUUAAGGCAAAACACAAAAGUCAUCUUCUGCAAAAAGCCUUUCUAGAUCUCCCCAAUUUGCUAACAUCCUCUCCCUAAGAAUGUCCUUUUUCCUCUGUUUAUUGUGCAUAUCUUUAUAUAUGUACAUUUGGACUCUUUCAUCCCCACCCACUCAUGCCAAGAACAUAAGUACCUUGAAAAUAAGGAUUGUUUUGGGGAUUGUUUGGUUUUUAGGUCUUUGUACCUAUGAAACAUAGUAAGUGCUUAAUAAAUGCUUGUUGACUGAAA